AUGUAAUGCUCUUCCCCUGAAGAAGCUUCUAUUUGUAAUAGUCUUUGUUGCAACAAACUUCAUCAAUGCUCUUAAUAUCAAAGUGAGUGCUCUAUAUAUUCAGAUGUAUAUAUCAUCAAAUAAGUAGAAUCAUUGCAUCAAAUUAAAUUGUGAUACUUGUUGUUUGUUACAAGAUAACUAGCAUUUCUGUGGAACUUAUGUACAAUGUAGUAAAUAUUUCGACUUAUUCUACUUGUGGUGUUUAAUUAUCCUUGGAUUGUUGUUGGUGGUGUUACUGAUUAUUAAAUUGCGUACUAAGUAGAGAUCACAAUAAUAAGGUUUAUGACAGCUCGCAUGAUACGAAUUCAUUAAGCAUUUGCAAAGUUUAACAAAAAAACGACUACAAUCUGA